AUGGACGACGCCUUUGCUAAAUCUAUUCCUGAGGUCCUUGACUUCUUUGGAGUGAACCCAACAAAGGGUUUAUCCGACACUCAGGUUGUAAAACAUGGCAGACUUUAUGGUACAAAUGUGCUGCAUGAAGAUCAAAGAGCUCCGUUUUGGAAAUUGGUUGUGAAGCAAUUUGAUGAUUUGCUUGUGAAGAUACUAAUUGCAGCUGCUCUUAUAUCAUUUAUUCUUGCAUUAAUUAAUGGUGAAACAGGCUUGAUGGCGUUUCUGGAGCCUUCUGUUAUUCUGAUGAUAUUGGCUGCAAAUGCCGCUGUGGGAGUGAUUACAGAAACAAAUGCCGAAAAAGCUCUGGAGGAGCUACGUGCUUAUCAAGCUGAUGUGGCAACUGUCUUGCGAAGUGGUUGUUUUUCCAUACUUCCUGCAACUGAACUUGUUCCUGGGGAUAUUGUGGAAGUUUCUGUGGGGUGCAAAAUUCCUGCUGAUAUGAAGAUGAUUGAAUUGCUAAGUAAUGAAGUACGGGUUGAUCAAGCUAUUCUUACAGGUGAGAGCAGCUCGGUUGAAAAAGAGCUUAAAACUACCACAGCAGCAAAUGCAGUAUACCAGGACAAAACAAAUAUUCUUUUCUCGGGAACAGUUGUGGUUGCUGGUAGGGCAAGAGCUAUUGUGGUUGGAGUUGGUCCUAACACUGCCAUGGGCAGCAUACGUGAUUCAAUGUUGCGAACAGAGGAUGAGGUGACACCGUUGAAAAAGAAGCUGGAUGAAUUUGGCACUUUUUUGGCCAAGGUUAUUGCAGGCAUAUGCGUGUUGGUUUGGAUUGUAAAUAUUGGUCACUUUCGUGACCCUUCUCAUGGUGGUUUUGUGCAUGGGGCAAUUCAUUAUUUUAAGAUUGCAGUUGCUCUGGCCGUUGCAGCAAUUCCUGAAGGUCUCCCUGCUGUUGUAACGACGUGUUUGGCUCUUGGAACAAAGCGAAUGGCUAGGUUGAAUGCCAUUGUUCGCUCUUUGCCGUCCGUUGAGACCUUGGGAUGCACCACUGUAAUCUGCAGUGACAAAACUGGGACUCUAACUACCAAUAUGAUGUCAGUUGCAAAGAUAUGUAUUGUUGAGUCUGCAAAAAGUAGUCCUUUUGUUACAGAAUAUGGUGUCAGUGGAACAACAUAUGCACCUGAAGGUAUAAUUUUUGACGAGGCAGGGGUGCAGCUUGGCAUUCCAGCUCAAUCACAAUGCCUUCUUCACAUGGCUAUGUGUUCUGCUCUUUGCAAUGAGUCAACCCUGCAGUAUAAUCCUGAUAAAGGGAAGUAUGAAAAAAUUGGUGAGUCAACUGAAGUGGCACUACGUGUUUUGGUAGAAAAGGUCGGUCUCCCUGGUUUUAAUUCUAUGCCGUCAGCAUUGAAUAUGUUGAGCAAGCAUGAGCGCGCUUCUUACUGUAACCAUUAUUGGGAGGAACAAUUUAGAAAGUUAGAUAUUUUGGAAUUUUCUAGAGAUCGGAAAAUGAUGAGUGUCCUUUGCAGCCGGAACCAGUUACUUGUUUUAUUUUCCAAAGGUGCUCCAGAAAGUAUAAUCUCUAAAUGUACAACCAUUCUAUGCAAUUGCGAUGGUUCUGUCAUGCCACUUACUGCUGAUAUUCGAUCAGAGCUGGAUUCAAUGUUCAACAGUUUUGCAGGAAAAGAAACAUUGAGAUGCCUAGCUUUGGCUCUCAAAUGGAUGCCCUCAGAUCAACAGACGGUGUCCUUUGAUGAUGAGAAGGACCUCACGUUUAUUGGAUUGGUUGGGAUGCUGGAUCCACCAAGAGAUGAAGUAAGAAAUGCCAUGCUUUCAUGUAUGACUGCUGGCAUACGCGUUAUAGUUGUCACUGGAGAUAACAAGUCCACUGCUGAGUCACUUUGCCGCAAGAUAGGUGCUUUUGACCAUUUGAUAGAUUUUACUGAACAUUCUUACACUGCUUCUGAGUUUGAAGAACUUCCAGCACUGCAACAAACUAUAGCAUUGCAGCGUAUGGCACUUUUUACCAGGGUUGAGCCUUCUCAUAAAAGGAUGCUGGUUGAGGCAUUGCAGCACCAAAAUGAAGUGGUUGCAAUGACUGGUGAUGGAGUCAAUGAUGCACCUGCCUUGAAGAAGGCAGAUAUAGGAAUUGCUAUGGGAUCAGGGACUGCUGUUGCUAAGAGUGCUUCAGACAUGGUUCUGGCUGAUGACAAUUUUGCCUCAAUUGUUGCGGCCGUGGCAGAGGGAAGGGCUAUAUACAAUAAUACAAAGCAGUUUAUUAGAUACAUGAUUUCUUCCAACAUUGGUGAAGUAGUAUGUAUAUUUGUGGCUGCAGUGCUUGGAAUACCUGAUACCCUGGCCCCUGUCCAGUUGCUUUGGGUCAAUUUGGUCACUGAUGGAUUGCCUGCCACUGCUAUUGGCUUCAAUAAGCAAGACUCUGAUGUGAUGAAGGUUAAGCCUAGAAAGGUGAAUGAAGCAGUUGUUACAGGUUGGCUCUUCUUUCGGUAUUUGGUAAUUGGAGCUUAUGUUGGCCUUGCCACUGUUGCCGGUUUUAUUUGGUGGUUUGUUUACGCUGAUAGUGGCCCUAAACUACCAUACUCUGAAUUGAUGAAUUUUGACACUUGCCCGACCAGGGAGACAACUUAUCCAUGCAGUAUAUUUGAAGAUCGACACCCAUCUACUGUAUCUAUGACUGUGCUUGUUGUUGUUGAGAUGUUCAAUGCUCUGAACAAUCUUAGUGAAAAUCAAUCCCUCCUGGUCAUCCCUCCCUGGAGUAACAUGUGGCUUGUUGGUUCUAUAGUCCUAACUAUGCUUCUUCACACACUAAUUCUGUAUGUUCACCCAUUAUCAGUUCUUUUCUCUGUAACACCAUUGUCUUGGGCUGACUGGAUGGCUGUCCUCUAUCUUUCUCUACCGGUUAUAAUCAUUGAUGAGAUCUUGAAGUUCUUUUCCAGAAAUCCCAAUGGUAUGAGGUUCAGAUUAUGGUUUAGGAGGUCUGAUUAUGGUUUACUUCCAAAAAGAGAAGAAUUAAAAGGUACCGUGAAAGAUACUGUAUACUGUAAUAUUUACCUUGUAUUACUUAUGUUUUCCUGA